UUACCGGCUGAUUGUUAUUGUUUACGUUGUUUGUUCGGACUCCGGCGCGUAAUUUGUUGAUCUGCGGUAAUCGAGUGCAAUUCCCUGGUAAGAAUCCGUGAUUCCGUGUCCGAUUGAGGUGAAUUCUAGCGAAAAUGAACGAAGCAUUCCGUGCAAUCGAUGCCAAAGGAAACCAGGACGAUGGAGAGGACGACGACGGUCUGGUUGAGAUGACGGAUUUUUACGAUCCGAUCGCGGCUUUACUGUCCAGCAUUGGCGGAGAGGCCGAAAAUCUCACCGAAGAGUUGAGGAAAUACGACAUCAAGUACGAGCAUCUGUCUGGAUUAUGCGAUGAGGAUCUCGUUGUGUUAGGGUUGAAGAGCAAAAAAAUCCGAGAGGAAGUGCUGGCUGAGAUUGCGGUUUUGCCAAAUCAGAUGGACCACUAUGACCAAGCCAUCAAAUCGCUCAACAUCCAGGAUUACGCCAGAGACAUUUUGACGAACGUUCAAUCGCACCUGGACAGCCUCUGUGCGCUUCUGACCCUAACCCAGCUGAAACUAUCUGCACAACACGUGGAAAACGUACAAAUAGAAAACGAUAAGUAUGCUUCGGAGGCAGCGGUGAGUAUUUGCGAAAAGCUAGCGAUGAAAAGUGGCGAGAUAGAGCAGUUCAUCAAAGAGUUGAAAAAGGGACGAUUCUCUCGGGAUAACAUUCGUUCGAAGCACAAGAGUAGUAAUAGAGCUGGUAGUCAUCUCAACAAAGUUUUGUUGGCCUCUCUAUUGAUCGGCUGUGCUUACUUCGGUUUCAGGAAUUUCAAGCAUUUAAUUAAGUAGACGUGCCAAAUGGUUAUGUACUUUCAAAUACAUUAUACGCUAAGUAACAAUCAAA